GAAGGCAAAUCUUUUCCACCAAGGAAAGAUUGAAAUCACCUCACAAACAAGAGCGCAAGAGCUACGAAGAGAACUGAACUGAAGGAGGAGAGAAAUUGAAACACAUUCAUAUUCACAGACAAUCAGCUGGACCGUUUGAGAGAGACGGCUUAGUGAGAAAAGGAGGGAGUUUUCAAAGAAGGGGAGAGAGGAGAACAGAGAAGGGGGAAAGCGUACUGGACUUGAAGGGUCCCACGAGGGGGGAGGAACCCCUGUGGCAGCAUGGACCCCGAGUGUCAAUGUGAAGACACCAUGUCCAUCAUGAUGCUGGAGAAUAUCAAGAACAAGCUCAUCCACGCUUUCAGGGUGACUGGGGAACCUCUGGCCACCACUGCACCAGGCACCCACCAGCUCAACAGCAUCGGGAGGAAUCUCCAAGCCAACGAGGAACUCCGCAGAGCAAAGAUCGAAGGAGCCAUAAGCUGGCUGAGGUCAGAGCUGCUGGAGAUGCGAUCUCAGGACCGGCAGCUGGCUGAGACACUGCUGGGUCUGAACAGCGAGAUAGAGAAGCUGAGGACCGAGACCAGCGCUGUGACUCUGGAUCAAGAUGGGAGGGAAUAGGUCCAUGGAACGGGACCAUCUCAUCUAGACACUUAUAUCCUCUUACUGGAGAGGAGAACCUGGAUCCAUCCUGGUAUUUCUGCAUUUGACUAAAGCUUGGCACAAGUGCUGGAUCACAUGCUAUAUGCAAUGCAAAAGUGCAAAUAGUUGGUACAGCAAAGACAAGGCAAGAAAUUCUGAAACAAUUCAUGGAUAAUGUUUCCAAAGGAACACCAACUGUAUGUCGUUGUUCUGUGUUUCAAGGUACGUCAGUGGGAAAUGAGGUCAAUCAAUGUGUGAAAAAUAUUGUGAAUGUAUCGUCUAUUUUACAUACAUAGGUGUACCUUUGGUAAUAAAGCUACAGAUGUGGGAGCCUA